CUCUCCACCGCCGUCGUCUCCUCCUCUGUGCCGCGGCGAGCCUUCGCCGCCGUCGCCCGAGCCCUCGGCUCGAGGCAGGAGCCUCCCAUCUCCCCCUCUCCCGCCGCAGUGGGAGGUCCCACGCAUCCCGGAAGAGAGGACCGGCCACUUCCGCCUGCCGGGACCAGACCAUAGCCGCCACCAUGACCGCCACGCUGCGCCCGUACCUGAACGCGGUGCGCGCCACGCUGCAGGCCGCGCUGUGCCUGGAGAACUUCUCCUCGCAGGUGGUGGAGCGGCACAACAAGCCCGAGGUGGAAGUCAGGAGCAGCAAAGAGCUGCUGUUGCAGCCCGUGAUCAUCAGCAGGAACGAGAAGGAGAAGGUCCUCAUCGAGGGCUCCAUUAACUCUGUGCGCGUCAGCAUCGCCGUGAAGCAGGCUGAUGAAAUUGAGAAGAUUUUGUGCCACAAAUUCAUGCGCUUCAUGAUGAUGAGGGCCGAGAACUUCUUCAUCCUGCGCAGGAAGCCUGUGGAGGGCUACGACAUCAGCUUCUUGAUCACAAACUUCCACACGGAGCAGAUGUACAAGCACAAGCUGGUGGACUUUGUUAUCCACUUCAUGGAGGAGAUCGACAAGGAGAUCAGUGAGAUGAAGCUCUCUGUCAAUGCCAGGGCCCGCAUCGUGGCAGAGGAGUUCCUCAAGAAUGUGAGGCUCUGAACCGGGAGGAGAUGGGUCCCUUAUUUUGGGAGCAGGUUCAUGGGGCUCAAAGCCAGUGUGGCCCUUGUGCCCAGAGCCCCCCCAUCCCGUCUGCGGGAACAGUUGGGACGCUCUACCCAGGGAACCUCUCCAGGAUGGGGGGGAGGAUGCCCAGGGGUGCAUGUACCCCCUUUGCUUGUGAAGUGCCAGCUUUAAGACCCCCCAGAGCACACUUGGGGGCAGGCAGCAGUCAUGGGGGAUGUGGCCCUUUCGGUGGCUGCUGCGAUGGGACGCACGGUGCCCGGGAGAAGCUGAGCGUGGAUAUCCGUGAGCGGCAGCUGCCCUCGGCCUCCCUCCCCGCUGACAGGGAAGGCUGGUCAGGGCCGGAGGAGCGCCCGCAGGCAGGUACUGACGGCCACUUG